AUGUCCCCCAAGGCAAACAUGUACGGGAUGCUGGGCAAAGACUCACAUCCCUCGAACGAGUCGCAGUCCAACAUCGACGGCGUCCAAUCGAUCUCGAGCAUGGCCUCGUCGGAUGAUUCCGAGAAGACGCGAUCAGUCACCCCGACGAGAGAAGAACAGCUCUCGGCAGACUUGGACGCCCUGCGCAUUGCGACAAACCUCCUCAAGGAGGCGCUCGAAAAUCUCCAGAAGGUCCGCGCUCAAGAAAAGGAGGCGCAGACCAAGGUGCUCAUCGACAUCACCAACCAUUACGGUAGCAUCAAGAUGAAUAUCGACACCGUCGGGCAGGACGUAAACCUCAGGCAGGACGUCAAAUUUUCCAGCACGCGCGGCUUCAACUCCAAUCAGAUCGGUGAGUACAAUAAUUGGGCGCGCUGGCAAAAUCAUAAUAUCACAAAAGAAACGCGCCACUACAUGACCUUGACACCCCUUGUCUCGGUCCACACCGGCUGGUUGAUCAAAGAUUUCCCCCACACGCCCGAGGACUUCUCCAAUCUGAACCGAACAUCCCUGAUCAGACUGAUCCAUGAAGUGCGCACGCAUGCACCUUACCAGGACUUGGACCAUAUCUCGAAAAUGCGGGAGACAUUCCGCAUUGCUAUCGGUCAGCCGCAAAUCUAG